AUGCGACGCAGAGCGCACACGGUUAAAGUUGUGCUUGAUGCCAGUGCGCCGUUUGAGGCUUUUCAAAACGAAAUACCAUUUCGCGAAAAGUUCCUAUUUAUAUCUUCUGAUAACGAGCUAGUUAACGCCCAGGUGCGCCCUGAUAGCGACUCUCAUGCCCUUCUGAGAUCCGCGGAUAUGUAUGAUGACAGGACCCGCGAUCGUUUGCAGAAGAUUGAAUCUGGGUUAUACGCAAAGGAGGUGGCGAGUAAUCGUUCGAAAGAGGCCCCUUGGCGGAUAAAACCGUCGGAAUGUGUGUUUCCAGAUUCAAUUUGUGACCUUGAUAAGGAGUUGGAAAUGCCGUCAUUGGCAGAUCUCGGAGAAUUUUCGGAACCCGAUGAGACGCUGCUGGAUGAAAUGGCACUUAGCCCUGGUAGUACUAGAGAAACGCAGUCCCAAGACAGUGGUCGAUUCAUGCAACAUACUGUAGGGAGCGACAAGGACUUGGGGUCAGAUUGGGACACGAGACUGCCAGCCGAAAUUGAAAAGCUUGCUGUCAAACCUGAAAUCUAG